GUAUAAUCUGCAAAGAACAAACCCCGCUAAUCAAAUAGUUCUAUGUAAUCCCAUGUAAUAACUAAUAAUUCCCCUGGAGCUUCUUCACUAGAUCGAUCUCUGCCUUGAUUAUGUCGUUCUUCUCAUCCACAGUCUACGCUAGCUUCUAUGGUUGCUAAAUCAGAAGUUCACAAAAUUUCGCCAAUGAAGCUUUUCUGGGAACCCCAAUUAACGAAAAAGCGACACUCAAGCUGAUCGCUACUAGUGCUACUUUAGGGUUUUGGUUCUGGGAUGAGAGCUCAUGGCUGUUGCUAAUGCUGCACUGAUUUCUCCCUCUUCGUAUUGCAUUUCUCGAUUCAAUUGUAAUAUCAGAUGCCAAGAAGAUCACAAGGUCUUUCUUUCGGGCUUCCCUGCAGAACCUGGCUCUGGGUUUUGCAGUUCCACUUUUUGUGUAGGGUCCCAUGCGAAGAGGACUGAUAUCUCGAGUGGGAAGAGGAGAACGAAUGCAGUUGAUACUCGCAUUGUUGAUAAUAUUCAGACGAAAUCCACGAUUGAAAUCCCAGUUUCCUGCUACCAGCUAAUUGGAGUUCCUGAUAAAGCUGAGAAAGAUGAAAUUGUUAAGUCAGUUAUGGCUUUGAAAAAAUCAGAAAUUGAAGAAGGUUACACCAUGGAUGUUGUUGUAUCUCGCCAGGAUCUUCUUAUGGAUGUUAGGGAUAAGCUUCUUUUUGAACCAGAAUAUGCUGGAAAUCUGAAAGAAAAGAUCCCCCCUAAAGCUUCGCUACGUAUUCCUUGGUCUUGGUUUCCCGGUGCUCUUUGCCUUCUUCAAGAGGUUGGAGAAUCAAAGCUUGUGCUUGACAUUGGACGUGUAAGUCUCCAACAUCAAGAGGCCAAGCCAUAUGCACAUGAUUUGCUUCUUUCUAUGGCUCUAGCUGAGUGUGCGAUUGCAAAGAUUGGCUUUGAGAAGAACAAAGUGUCUCAAGGUUUUGAAGCUCUUGCUCGUGCUCAGUGUCUUCUAAGAAGUAGACCAUCUCUGGCAAAAAUGACACUGCUAUCACAGAUUGAACAAUCUCUUGAGGAGCUCGCACCUGCUUGCACCCUGGAACUGCUGGGCAUGCCACAAACCCCUGAAAAUGCUCACCGCAGACAAGGAGCAAUUGCAGCUUUGCGUGAAUUGCUUAGACAGGGUCUUGAUGUUGAAACUUCGUGUCAAGUUCAGGAUUGGCCUUCAUUCCUAAACCAAGCCUUCAGCAGGUUGCUGGCUAUGGAGAUGGUUGAUCUUCUUCCCUGGCAUAACUUAGCUGCAACAAGGAAGAAUAAGAAGACACUUGAAUCACAGAACCAGAGGGUUGUAAUUGAUUCAAACUGUUUCUAUAGGGCUUUUAUAGCUCAUGUGGCACUCGGAUUUUCUAGCAAGCAAAAGGAUUUGAUUAAUGAAGCAAAAAAUAUAUGUGAAUGUUUAACAGCUUCUGAAGGCAUUGAUUUGAAAUUUGAAGAAGCUUUUUGCCUCUUCCUUCUUGGUCAGGGAACAGAAGCUGAGGCGGUUAAACAACUUAAGCAGCUAGAGCUGAACUCAAAUUCUAAUAAUUCAGUCUCGAGGAAGGCUAUAGUAGAUGUGUCUGCCACUAAUCUAUCAUUGGAAAUGUGGCUGAAGGGUUAUGUGCUUGCUUCAUUUCCAGAUACUCAAGACUGUUCUCCAUCACUGGUCAAUUUCUUUAAUGCUGAAAAGAGAACUUCUGGAAGCAAGAGAAAUAAAGAAGGUCCAGAAACCUUGCCUACAAUAGGUCAUAGACCUCUCUCCGCCUCUGUAGCUUUAGAACGCAGAGACUUCGAAGAACCUCAUUCAUAUACAAACUCCUCUUCUCAUCUAGGGUUUGCUGUUAAGCAGCUGACUCCUACUGAUUUGCAGAGUUCACUGCUGUCUGGCAAAAAGGACAAUGGAAGCAACCUCAGCGAGGCACCUGCCCAGUUGAAAAGGAACCUUGGCAAUCAUCGCAAUGGGUUUUGGGAUAGUUACUCUACUCAUGCAUCACACAUAUUUGGAAAAAUAACAUAUGUUACAGUUCUAGGUUGCAUCGUAUUUGCUUCCUUCAAGGUAUUAGGAGUGAACUCAAGCAAGGAAAGAGCUAGUUCUCGUUGGGCUUCCACUAGAGCCAGUGGUAACAUUGUGUGGACUGCAGAUUCUUCUGUAGACCACAAUGUAGGUUCUGCUUGUGUCAAGGAAAGUAAAUUUACUGACGGACUAAAGAGACUUCUAGCAAUGAUAAGGUUUAUGCAUCUGUCGGAUGGUGAAAAUCAACGUGAUUUAUGGCCAGCUUCUACCUCACCAACCCCCCAUUUUAAUAUGCACAAGAGGCCAAUGCCUGUCGAAGAAGCAGAAGCGCUAAUUAAGCAAUGGCAAACUAUCAAAGCUGAAGCUUUGGGACCUAGCCAUCUAGUACAUAGUCUAACUCAAGUUCUUGAUGAAUCCAUGCUUGCUCAGUGGCAAGCUUUGGCUGAUACAGCAAGAGAAAGAUCUUGUUAUUGGAGGAUUAUAUUGCUUAAAGUGUCUGUCCUGCGAGCUGACAUUUUAUCAGAUUGGAAUGGAGCAGAAGUGGCUACGAUUGAAAGCCUCUUAGAAGAAGCGGCCGAGCUUGUUGAUGCUUCUCAGGAAGAUAACCCUAACUACUAUAGCACCUACCUAGUUAAGUAUGUGCUGAAGAGACAAGAUGAUGGAACAUGGAAAUUCUGUGAAGGUGCUAUAGAAGUGCCCUAAUAUCUAGGCCUAUUCCUAUGACACGCCAGAUAGUUGAUGUUUUUUCUAACGUGGUUCUUUUCCAAAUUGUCACUUAUAGAGUCUUCAACAAAAUUCGAAGUUGAUCCAAUCUUAGUCAGAUGAUAAUAUCUUCAUUUUUCUCCUCUGUAUAUCAUGUAGAAAACUGAUUCACUCGCUCUUUUUUUCCCAUAACGUCCAUUGUAAAGGGCUGAUUGAUAUCUGCAUAGGUUUAACGAGUCAUUUUCUACUCAUUUUUUCUGCAGUGUUAACAAAGUAAUGACAAACAAGUUAUUGGAUUGAAGUUUUGUGCUUCCGGGUGUUCGGCAUAUUGUCUGCUUUAAAGUGAUUCUUUUUUCCUCUC